GCCCUCAACUUCAUGGUCCCGGUUCCAGCAGUAAGAAAAAGAUUGUAAAAAUCUUCUACUGUAUUACGUUAGAUUUCCAUUGAAUGCUUCAAUGUCAAAUCCUUAAACCCACAAUUUUCAAUUCCAAGUUGCAAAGUAAACAACUACUUGAGAUUUACGUUUCGGGUUACCAGUCCUCAAAUCCAAUUUCAACCUCCACCGCUGAAUUUUGCAGUUCUCACUGCACUUGGAAGAAUCGAACACAUCCACAGAGGCUAUAGCAUCUGCAAACUAUCUGUGCAGAAGUUCUCAUGGCUGACUCUGGAGAAAAUAGUGCCUUAUUCCCAAUUUUUAUAUUGUCAGUAAUUGCCCUACCCUUAGUACCCUAUACAAUACAUAAAUUUCUUCGUGCUGCUUCAAAGAAGGAUAAGAGAAUUCACUGUGAGUGUUCAGUUUGCACUCGAUCUGGAAAAUAUCACAAAUCCGUUUUUCGAAGGAUCUCUAAUUUUUUAUCGUGUAGCAACUUGACCGUGCUGCUGCUUUGGGUUAUUGUGGUCUUCCUUGUUUAUUCCAUCAAGCAAAGUAGUCGUGAGAUUGAAGCUUUUGAUCCAUUCAGUAUUCUUGGGCUAGAACCAGGAGUUUCUGAAACUGUAAUAAAGAAGGCAUAUAGGAGACUUUCAAUACAAUACCAUCCAGACAAAAACCCUGAUCCAGCUGCUAAUAAGUAUUUCGUGGAGUAUAUUUCCAAAGCUUACCAGGCGCUGACAGAUCCAGUCUCAAGGGAGAAUUUUGAGAAAUAUGGACAUCCAGAUGGCAGACAGGGUUUUCAAAUAGGAAUUGCACUUCCUCAGUUUCUGCUUGAUUUCAGUGGCGCAUCUGGUGGGAUAUUAUUAAUUUGGAUUCUUGGAGGCUUUGUACUAUUGCCAAUGGCAUUUGGCGUUGUUUAUCUAUCAAGAGCAUCAAAAUAUGGGGGAAAUUUUGUCAGGCGUGAAACUCUAGCCGCUUAUUUUGAACUAGUGAAGCCCUCCUUGGCUCCAAGCAAAGUUCUGGAUGUCUUCAUUAAGGCAGCUGAAUUCAUGGAUAUUCCAGUUCGAAGAGCUGAUGAAGCACCUCUUCAGGAACUUUUCAAACUUGUGAAAAGUGAAUUAAACCUGGAUGGUAAGAAUGCCAGGCAGGAACAAGCAAAAUUUUGGAAACAACAUCCUGCUCUUGUUAAGGCAGAGAUGUUGAUACAAGCCCAUUUACUUCGUAAAGCGGACACUUUAACUAGUAACUUGCAGCAAGAUUACAAAAAUGUGCUGCAGCUUGCGCCUCGUCUUCUCGAAGGGCUGAUCAAGAUGGCAACAGUGCCACGCACUGCUAAGGGACAUGGUUGGCUAAGGCCUGCAAUCGGAGUCAUCGAGCUAUCCCAGUGCAUAAUUCAGGCUGUUCCUCUUAGUGCUAGGAAGGCAGGUUCAGGAUCCUCUGAAGGUGUUGCUUCACUUUUGCAGCUUCCACAUUUCAGUGAUGCAGUCAUCACAAAGAUAGGGAAGAAGGUGCGUACGCUACAGGACCUCCAGGACAUGGCCCUUCAAGAACGUGCCGAGCUGCUUUCUGGUGUUGCUGGCCUCUCUGCUUCUGAAGUACAAGACGUGGAGAAGGUACUGGAAUUGAUUCCUCAUGCAACAAUUGAAGUUACUUGCGAGACUGAGGGGGAGGAAGGCAUACAAGAGGGGGACAUUGUCACAGUUCAGGCAUGGGUGACUCUCAGACGUGCUAAUGAUUUGAUAGCAGCCGUUCCACAUGCCCCAUACUAUCCGUUCUCCAAGGGAGAAAAUUUCUGGUUUUUACUUGCAGAUGCCAAUUCAAAUGAUGUCUGGUUUUCCGAAAGUGUCAACUUUAUGGAUGAAGCAGCAGCCAUAACAACUGCUUCAACAAUAACUGAAGCGAAAAUGGAAGCAUCAGGGGCUAGUAUGGAGGAGAUCACUGCCUCUGUUAAAGAUGCUGUCGCAAAAGUUAAGAGCGGGUGUCGACUGGUGUUGGGCAAGAUCCAAGCUCCACAGGCCGGAAAUUACAAUUUAAACUGUCAUUUGAUGUGUGACACAUGGAUUGGGUGUGACACGAAGACAAACUUAAAACUAAAAAUAUUGAAAAGGAGCAGAGCUGGAAGUCGAGGUGGUCAUGUGGCUGAGGGAGUGCAGGGGGAGAAUGGCCUUGAAGAUGAUGAAGAUGACAUUGACGAAGACGAAGAGGGCGAUCAAAGCGAGUAUAGUGAGGAUGAGGACGAAGAUGAAGAUGAAGAUGAGCCUGAGCCUGAGCCUGAGCCCGAGCCCGAGGUUGAGAAACUGAAUAAUAAUAGAAAGGGCUUUGCUAAUGGCUCCGCUAGAAGAAAAGCUAGAAAAUAAGGUCAAGGCGCAUGAGGGGUGAAAUUGUCUGUCUUUUGAUGUACUCUGGAAUAGUGUUACUCAUUUUCUAGAAUUGGCUUCUUGGUACUGAAUGAACCACAAUUUGAGAAAAUUAAUUUAUAACAGUUUCACAUAAAAUUCUACAUGGUUUGGACCAA